AUGCCAACCACCCCAGGAUCCAACAAAGAAUCCAUUGAAGAACGCAACGAGAUCACUCUCACCUCCGGUGAUGACUUGAAAAAAGAGUUUUCCCAUCAUAGCAGUGAUCUUGAAAAGAACGUUCCAUCCGAUCUAUCGGCCACCCAACAAAAAAAUGACGACUUUGACGAUCAAGAGGAUCCUGCCAGUUAUCCCGGCCUUGUUGAAUGUGCUCCUUUUCCCACGCUUGGUUCGAUAAAUGAGAUCACACAAACGCUGUCCAAAACACAAACCAAUAGAACAGCUCGUGGUAUAUCCAAAGGUGACGGAUCCAUCCAAGAUGAGGAAAAUGAAGGCAUAUCACCAGCAAUUGGUCAGGCAUACCACACAGAAGGUUGGAGAAAUCCUGGUUGGCUUACCGUUAUUGCCGUGUUCCUUGUAAACUUUAGUGUAUUUGGCACAGUAUUUAGUUGGGGCAAUUACCAAAAGCUCUACUUGAACGAGGUAUACGCUGAUCAAACCGAUUCUUUUCGAAUUGCAUUUGUUGGCACGUCCGCCAAUGCCAUGCUCUUAUCCACUGGUCUCUUUCUUCAGCCCGUCAUUCGCAAGCUCAAAUACAGAGGCACCAUGGUCAUAGGUACCAUCCUUGCACCUCUCGGCCUUAUUCUUGCAAGCUUUGCUACUCAAUUAUGGCAUGUCUACCUUUCACAAGGUAUCCUUUUUGGCCUUGGCAGCGCAUGUGUCUUUUCACCUUCCAUCACGCUCCCAUCACAAUGGUUUGAAAAAAGGAGGGCUACCGCAACUGGAUUAGCCGUGAGUGGAUCGGGCAUUGGUGGUGUAUGUAUCAGCAUUAUGACUCAGUCUUUGAUCACCAGCAUUGGCUAUCGCAAUGCUCUUCGAGUUAACGGUGCUCUCAUCUUUGGUCUCUUGGUUAUUGGAACCUGUUUGGCUAUUUCACGAUACCCACCACCAAAUCCAAAGGGUGCUUCAAGCUUUGCUAUAUUUGAUCGUUCCCUACUUACAUGGAAGUACUUUUUUAUCGUGGUGUUCUCUUUCCUUGUACCUUUUGGCUAUGUUGCACCCUUUUUCUUGACACCCACCUAUGCCACGGUCAUUGGCGCGGAUGCUUCAAUGGGCGCAUCACUCGUUUCUAUUAUGUCUGCAGCUAAUGCUGUGUGCCGUAUUAGCCUUGGUCUUGUCGGUGAUCGAUAUGGUCGCUUGAACACCUUAUUCAUUUUCACGCUUUGCUCAGGUAUCUUCACCAUGGUGAUCUGGCAAUUUUCCGAUUCUUUUGGACCUUUUGUUGCCUAUUGUGUUCUUUUUGGUCUUACGGGUGGUGGUUUUGUGUCACUCUUGCCACCUGUCAUUGCCGAUAUUGUCGGCAUUGAGAAUAUCCAGAAAGGUGUCAGCUUUGCAUACAUGAUGACUAUGUUUGGCAAUCUUCUCGGCACACCUAUUUCUGGUCAGCUUCAAUCCAAAUUUGGAUGGACGGCUGCUAUCCAGUUUCCUGGUGCAAUGACAGUUGCCGCUGCCUUGGGGGCUCUUUGUGCUCGCUUGUUGAUGAGCCGGAAGAUUUUCAAGAAGAUUUAA